UUACAAUUUAUGUGCUUAUAUAUAUAUGUAUAAAACAUCUUUCAGGAAUGUUGAUUGUUGGCUUUCUUUUCCGAAAUGUGACAUUUAUUCCUUACUAUAAAGAUAUUUCGAUAAAAUGGGCUUCAGUAUUAAGAGGUUCUGCUCUAGUAGUUAUUUUGUUGAAAGCUGGAUUAGGACUUGAUGCUGUAAAGUUAAGAAAAUUAAAGUUAGUUGUCUUUCAGCUUUCUUUUGCUCCAUGUUUAGUAGAGACAGCAAUAACAGGAAUAUCUUCUCAUUACUUGCUUCAGCUACCAUGGCCAUGGGCAAUAAUGUUAGGAUUCAUUAUAUCUGCUGUUUCUCCUGCAGUUGUAGUACCCAGUUUAUUGACUCUACAGGAGAAAAAACUGGGUACUAAUAAAGGAAUUCCAACUUUAGUUAUUGCUGCUGCUUCUAUGGAUGACAUUAUUGCUAUAACUGGUUUCACUGUAAUGCUCAGUAUAUCAGUAUCUAAAGAUGAAUGGAUCUGGUCAUUUGUAAAAGGACCUCUUGAACCAGUUGUAGGACUUCUCUAUGGUAUACUUGUAGGUGUUUCAUUUUGGUAUGUGCCAAAUUCUGAAAGCUCAAAGCAAGUUCAAACAUAUUAUCAAUUCCUAAUGCUCUGUUUUGGAGGAUUAUCUGCAAUGUUUUUGAGCAAAGCAUUUGAGUUUGCUGGAGCUGGUCCUUUGGCAUGUCUAACUCUUGCAUUUGUAGCAUCUAUUGGCUGGAAGAAGGAUCCUGAACAGUUUAAUACUUUGGAGAGAAGCACUGGAGUACUUUGGAAGCUGAUACAGCCUUUUUUAUUCAGUCUAAUUGGAGCUGAAGUCACUAUUAGUAAUUUGCAGUCUAACCUUGGUUAUGGUAUUUUGGCUUUGUGUAUUGGUCUACUUUUUCGCAUUGCAACUGCUGCUCUCGUAACUUUUGGUGCUGAUUUGAAUAUCAAAGAGAAAUUUUUUGUUGCAUUUGCUUGGCUACCAAAAGCAACUGUGCAGUUAUUUACAAACCUCAGACAUAAUGCUACAACACGUUUAAGUUUAGUGAGAGAGGAAUAUUUAUAA